ACUAACAUGGGUUAGUAGGAUUGUAAAAAGUAAAUAUAAUGUAUCACAUCUCUGUAAGUCUAGCACUUCUCAAAACAAAAUAUGGUUUCUAUCACAAGAUAUGUACACACAAAGGAGAGCUAGCAUAAAAUAUGGGAUUUCUGAAAAACAUCUAUUUAUUUUGUACUAUUUUGCAGACAUUAGCCUAUCAUAACUCACAGCAAUGCCUUCCAUGCCAGUUCAUACCUAAAAUUACAGUAGAUCGAUCAUACAGGGUACUACAGAAACAAAAACAAUUGUACAGACAAAAAGGAGAACCACUAGCAACAAUAAUUGAUGGAGCUGUUCAACAACACCUCACAUACCAGGGAUCUGCAUUAUGCUAACCGCCACCAAACUUAGCAGUACAACCAUGUUUAGAGACCAGGAUGGAGCCAUAAAAACCGAUGAAGAUUCCGGCAAAGACUCAGAUGGUGGAAAGGCUGCAUCAUGUGCAGGAGCAACCGUAGAAUCUGGGUUUGGAGGGCUCCGGCUGGCAGGGAUGGUAGGCAGUGAUGACUCAGAUGGAGUAAGUGCCACACCACCAGGAGAAGGAAAUAAGGGACUGAUGUCUGGGGAAAGAGCUGGAGAGGACACAGGAGCACUUGGCAAUAAUGCAGGCGCAGCUGAAAUGGUUGAAACACUCGUUCUCAUGUUUAGUUUAGAUGCCAUGGCUAAUGAAGAGUAGGCCAUCAAGACAGUUAACAUUGCCAAUGUUGACCGAAAGGAAGCCAUUAAUGAUGAUGAAAUCAAUUGCGUGAUAAUGAACAGAAUCAAAAAUAUGUUUCCCAGAGAGAGAGAGAGAGAGAGAGAGAGAGUGGAAGAAUAUGGGAGGAAUGGGAGGAUGGUCAUGAUAAAGGGUUAAACUUGCGGAAGUGCUGGUGGGGCCUGAAUGCUAUGUUGCCAAAAGAUAACUGGGACCCAUUAUGAUAAUGCACUCUGCAUGUUAGCUAAGGGACAAGUUCGAUGUGUGGUUUUCUUGUGGAGCACAUGAAGGAAGAAGAGGUGCCUUUUAGCUUUUUCAUUCCCUUUUGAGCAGUUGGUGCUGCGGUUGACUCAUGAAACACUGUUGUUAAAGGUUGUUUAUUUCAAAGAAAUGUAGCGUGUAGGCUUUCCCAGUUGGCAUAUUUGAGCAGUUUUAGUUGCAUGAUUUGCUAAUAAUUACAGUGACUAGGACAUAUGAAAGUUACAAUUCAGUCUUUACAAACAGGCAGAGAGGAAAACAAAAUUGAGCAUUCCAACACUACCACAUAUCGAUUUGAGUGAUGAUUUGGAUUUGGCUUCAUGUUCUGUUACUCUUAAGGGAAUAAAUAUGGACAAAGAUUA